UCUUCUUGUGCUUCCUUUUCCCGGAGUUCCUCUCUCCACUAACGGCUAUCGACGCUCGCGCGCAAUCGGGUUGACGCCCACUGGACUCGCCGGAAACUUUCCACCUUUACGGGAAUACCCCAAUUGCCCCAGAACCUCUGCUUACUCCAUGGGUUUGGGAAGUCUAGAACACUCAUCGCUAUUGUCCGAUUUCCUCCAAAACUCCGGCGGGUGUGCCGUCAUCGAUGGCGGCCUUGCGACGGAGCUCGAACGACACGGCGCUGACCUUAAUGAUCCUCUCUGGAGCGCAAAAUGCCUCAUUAACUCCCCUCAUCUCAUUAGAAGGGUGCACCUAGACUACCUUGAAGCCGGUGCAGAUAUUAUAAUCACAGCAUCUUAUCAGGCCACUAUUCAGGGUUUUGAGGCUAAAGGAUUGUCAAGAGAAGAAAGUGAAGUUCUGCUGCGGAGGAGUGUCGAAAUUGCAUGCGAGGCUCGGGAUAUUUAUUAUGAAAAAUGUACAAAGCAUUUGCCUGAAGGCAAUGGAAAUGUAGGAAUUUCAAAGCAACGCCCAAUUUUAGUUGCAGCCUCCGUAGGAAGCUAUGGGGCUUAUUUAGCUGAUGGAUCAGAGUACAGUGGGGACUAUGGUGAUGCAGUUACUCUAACAACUUUGAAAGAUUUUCACAGGAGAAGGGUUCAGAUUUUAGCAGAAUCAGGUGCUGACCUAAUUGCAUUUGAAACAAUUCCGAAUAAGCUGGAAGCACAGGCUUAUGCUGAACUUCUCGAGGGAGAUGACAUAAAGAUUCCAGCAUGGUUUUCAUUCAACUCUAAGGAUGGCGUCAAUGUAGUUAGUGGAGAUUCUUUUCUUGAAUGUGCAUCUGUUGCUGAUUCAUGUAAGAAGGUUGUUGCUGUUGGAAUUAACUGCACUCCUCCAAGGUUUAUUCAUGAUCUUGUUUUAUUAGUUCGUAAGGUGACAUCUAAACCAAUACUUAUUUAUCCAAACAGUGGUGAGACUUAUGAUCCUGAUCACAAGGAGUGGGUAGAAUCUACUGGGGUAUCAGAUGAAGAUUUUAUUUCAUAUGUAAGUAAAUGGCGUGAGGCCGGGGCUUCCCUCAUAGGAGGCUGCUGCAGGACAACACCAAAUACCAUUAGAGCCAUAUCUAGAGCACUAUCCAAGUAGUCUUCUGUCUUACCAUCGCUACAGUAGUAACAAUUCACCGGCUUAGAGUUCUACUUUUAGAGAGAGAGAGAUGUAAAUAUACAUCACAUGGCAGAAGUAGAAAAGGGUUGGAAUCUGAAGUUUUCCUUAUCGCUUGUAUUUUUUUUUUUUUUGGUUGCUUGUAAUAAAUCAGACUCUUGAUUAACUGUGAGGUUGGAAUUUUACAAAAAAAUUUCUUGGUC